AUGAGUAAACAUGGAGAUAAGAUAAUAUCAAAAUUAACACCUAGCUUACAGAUUAUGAUAGAAACUCCAGAAGUUGAGGCUCCAAAAAAGAUUACCACAAAUGAAGUCAAAUUACAAAGAGUUGCCAGACCUUUAAGACAUGUAAAGUAUAUUCCGUGCAAGGCUCAAGUGUUUACAACAUGUGAAUCACCCAUUAAUUUUACAUACGAAAAAAAGAUUAAGACACCAAUUUCUAAAAAUAAAUUAGUAGUCCAAGUCUCUCAUGUUGCAUUGAACCCUAUCGAUUCCAAGAUCAAAAAUGGCUACAAAACUACUUUAUAUGGUGAAGUUGGUUUGGGUAGAGAAUAUUGUGGUAUCAUUACCCACGUAGGCAGUGAUAUCUCCUACUGUUGGCAUGAAGGUGAUAAAGUUAUGGGGAUUUAUUAUCAUCCCCAUGAAGGAUAUGGUUCAUUGCAAAGUUCAAUCCUUGUCGAUCCAAAAGUGGAUCCAAUAGUUUUAAAACCUGAUUCAAUUUCAGAUGAGGAAGCUAGUGGCUCCUUGUUUUGUUUAGGUGCAGUGUUUAACUUAUUGAAAAAGUUAAACAAGGAUAAGUACUUGACAACUGAUUCCAAUGUCUUAAUUAACGGUGGGACAACAUCACUAUCUUUGUUUGCUGUCCAAUUAUUGAAACGUGUCUAUAAAUUAAAUAAAAAACUAGUUAUCAUUACAUCAAGUAACGGUCCAGAUAUAUUGAAAUCAAACUUUCCUGAUCUGAAAGAUGACAUGAUUUUUAUUAAUUAUCUAACUUGCAGGGGUAAAUCAAGCAAACCUUUAAAACAGCUGAUCAAAGAACAGAAAAUUACUGAUUAUACUGAUAAUAGUGCGCAGACAAUUGAAGAAGAACCUAUUAUUCCGUACACUCAAGGUAAAUUCGAUAUUGUCCUGGAUUUUGUCGGUGGUUAUGAUAUAAUUGAACAUGGUGCAUCCAUCAUUCACAGUAAAGGGAUAUAUGUGACAACAGUAGGUGAUUAUGUUGGAAACUAUAAAGAAGAUAUAUUUGAUUCAUGGGACAAUCCAAGUGCAAAUGCAAGAAAAUUAUUUAAUUGGUCAUUUCGUUAUUCACAUUAUUAUUUUAACCCAAAUCAAAAACGCCCUUCGAAAGAUAAUUGGGUGGAGACAUGUGUGCAAUAUUUAAAAGAUGGUACAGUCAAAUGCAUUGUUGAUAAAGUUUAUGACUGGAAUGAUACUAAUGAAGCAUUUAAAUAUUUACUAACUCAAAGAGCUCAAGGUAAAAUCAUCCUUAAAGUAGAGAUGUUUUGA